AUGAGAGCUUAUGGCAGAAGAGGAAGGACUGCACCUACCAUAUCCAUCUCACAAUCAAUGGCUUCAGAUGUCAGUUUUAGUCAGAGUGAAGAUGAGAUAAGUAAUGAAUCUGAAAUUGAGCAAACUCAUAGUGAGAUGAAUACAUCAUAUUCAUCACCUGGAAUAAAACCGAAGAAAACUCUUAAUGGAAAGGUUGAAAAAAGCACAGACACGACGAACAGAUCUGGAAGAGAUGCCAGAAAAAUGAUACCAUCUAGUGAUUUAAUAUUACAUGAAGUUGAUUGUCAUUCAUCAUUUGAAACAAUUGAACCUUGUCCUUCAUCAGAUAUUAAUAUUAGUGCUCAUAAAUUUGAAAUAUCACCGAAAAAGGCAGUCCAAAAUGAUGAAAAAAAUAUGAAAGACCUACAAGUCUUUGAUUUCCUAGAUAUGCCCAACAAUGAUACGAAACGUCGUAAGACUAAUUACUACAAGCAUGUCGCAUAUGACGUGGAGGCACAAUCAGAGGAAGAAGAAGAAGAAGAAGAAGAAGGUGUCUUCGAUGGUCCAGAAAGAAUAAACCCUUCAAUGAAUAAGGUACUGGAAAAUGUUGGAAACUUCCUAUUAACUCUUGAGCCAAAAAAAGACCAUUCACUAGAAGAUAUGUUUGAUGAGGAGAGAAAGGACUGCAAUAAAAGAGAUGCAUACGACGGUAAAGUCAAUAAAGGACAAAAGGUAUAUAAUAAUAGAAGAACCCUUUUAGUGAAAAAUAGUACUAUCGAAGAUGGGGAACAAAGUAUAGUAGAUGAGUACCUAGAUGAGAUCGAAGAAAAUCGAAAUAAAGGUACAGAAAGUAAUGAUAGUUCUGUCCAUAUUACAAGGUCAGUAAUCCCAAAACGAAAUGAUAAAACAUACACAUUUAAUGAAUUAAAAAACAUUGGAAAUUCCCUCAAGUACCAAGAAGAUUAUGAUUAUUUAACGAAUACUUUACAAAAAAGCACUUCAUUAAGUAGCACCAUAUCCAUAUUAUCUGAGUUCAUAUUAGCUAUAAGUGGUGACGAUGAAUUUUUACUCUAUAUUGCGAAACACCAUAGUGAUGACAUUUGCAAAUGGUGUCUCCAACAGGACCCGUCAAAUAAUCAGGAGCUAUUAUUAUUACAAGGAUAUAUUUUGAACUUGUUUCACAAGAGCUCAGAUUUUUUUAAUAAAAUGGAAAAUGUGAAGCAGGUAUUACUUAAUCUGGGGAAAUGCGUAACAGUAUCAGUAGGAUUAAAGACCAACAGCAAAAUGCAAAAAUUGAUGUACUUAGACUUUCUUAAGAUAAAUGGUGAAAGCUCAGGCCUGAAUUAUGCACUCAAUAUAUGGAAUACCCAUAUUACUAAAUUUCCAACUGAAUAUAUAGCUAAAGUAUUACGACUAUUAAUGAAAAUCUCAGAUAAUCAAGAGAAAACAAAAUAUAUGUGUUGCUCGUCAUAUUUCAGUCUUUUGCAAACAGUGCUCGAUGCGUUGAAGGAUAACGACCUCGAGGGCGACGAUAUUGACACAGAGAAACGUGAAAUCUGCAAAAUGUUAACAAAUAACAAUGACCUUAUUAACAAUGAUGAAUACUUAAAAUGCCUAGUUAUUGCUACAAAUGAUCGAAGCUCAACAGCGAUUAUUGAUCAUAAAACGGUAGACGAUAUUAUGGAGGUGAUUCUUCAUAGUAUAAUACGACACUUGAAAGGGAGAUCUGAAGGAAAUGAUGAUAAUAUAAUUCUACAAUUAGGUGUUUGUCUGAAUACCCUCAAUGACUGCCGCACUGAUAUCAAUAUCCCCGAUACUACAUGGUACCGAUUAAAGAAUUUGAUUCUUCAAAACGAUAUUCAUGAAGUACACACGCCAAUUAUUCAAAACCUGCUAUACUUGAACUUUGCAUUUCUGACAAUUAUUAAAACAAAUAAAAAUGUCUCUGCAGGUGAGUCAUUAUUGUCAGAUACUGAAAAAAUGCAACUAACCAAUGCACUUGACCUAUUCAAAUUGGAUGCAAGUAACAUUAACAAGUUUGUAGAUGAAAAAAUUAUGCAUGCUAUUAUGGAAGUAAAAAAAAUAUAA